AUGGCCGAGAAGCAAGCUAUCCUCAUCACAGGUGCAUCAAAAGGCCUCGGAUAUGCCACUGUGAAACAAUUGCUCGAUCAAGGUCACCAUGUCGUGACAAUCUCGAGGUCAACAAGCUCACUUGAUACACUCAAGCGGAAGGUUGAAGGCCGCUUGCAGGUCAUUCAGGGCGAUGUCUCUGAUGCGGACGUAUACAAGCAAGCUAUCGGAGUUGCAAGCUUAGCAUGGGAUCUUGCUCUGACUGGCAUCAUCUUCAAUGCAGGCGUGCUUGAUCCCGUGACAAAACUCGAUCAGGCAGAUGCAGCAGAUUGGGCUCAGUGCUUUCAAACAAAUCUCUUUAGCAUUGUUUCAGCUCUGCCAGUUAUGCUGCCGCAUUUGAGGUCUGGAAACGCUGCGGAGAAGCCCAAGAUCCUGCUCAUUUCUUCUGGUGCAGCUACAGGAUCCUAUCAAGGCUGGUCUGCGUAUGGUUGUGCUAAAGCAGCACUGAAUCAUCUUGCUCAAGAUUUGGGCGUCGAGGAGCCAGACAUCACAACACUGGCCGUUCGACCUGGUGUCGUUGCAACAGACAUGCAACGUGCCAUCAGAGAGCAGCAUCAGUCAGCCAUGAAUCCUGACCAGCACAAAAAGUUUACGAAGCUCCACAGCGAUGGGGAGUUGCUUGAUGCAGAUACUGUCGCUGCAGUUCUUUCAGAACUGGUCUUGCGUGCGGAUCACAGGCUUUCUGGUCAAUUCAUCGAUUGGGCAGACUAUAAGGAACUUUAG